GUGUACUUAGACUAACAUGUCUUGUACUUCAAUCUCAGAAUGACACGAUGAUAUUAGUGAUACUUUAUUGUGAUUAAAGGAGCAUGGCGUGCUUAUUUAGAAGAACGAUUGCUGCCAAGCUGAGCAGGACUCUGCAGCAGCCCGAGGAGCUCUUACUACCCGCCCUGUCGGCUGUCCCAGUCUUCAAAAAACAGCAGACUCCUGAUUUCAAAUUAUCAGUAAGUGUGUUACGACUGAAUGGGAUUUUGCCCCUAACAGAAGACAUUCAGUUGCAGACAGAAGACCUAAGCAGACAGUUAAAACCUGACAAUGUGGUCGAGCACAUUUGUGCUGGAAGUGGAGCUGUCAACUUCACAAUUAACCGUAAACAUCUCGUUCAGAAAGUGUUGGAGCCUUUUGAAUCUGACACUGAUACAGCAUUUGGUUUAAACAGUGAACUUUUGAACAGACUUAAUCGUGGCACCACAUUGGUAGAGUACAGCUCUCCAAACAUUGCCAAAAAGUUCCAUGCUGGACAUCUCCGCUCUACUAUAAUUGGGAACUUCAUUGCCAACCUGAAGCAGGCUUUGGGGAAUGAAGUUAUCCGAAUGAACUAUCUAGGAGACUGGGGCAUGCAGUUUGGUUUGUUAGGUGCUGGCUUCACACAGUUUGGCUCGUAUUCAAAACUGAGGGACAAUCCGCUACAGCAUUUGUUUGAGGUCUAUGUACAAGUGAACAGAGAAGCUGAGCACAAUGACGACUUGAGACACAAGGCCAGAGACUUCUUCAGGAAACUAGAGGAAGGUGACACAGAGGCUAUGAGUUUAUGGCAGUGCUUCAGGGACAUCACAGUGGAGGAGUACCAGCAUGUGUAUAAGCGUUUAGGGGUGCAUUUUGAUGUUUACUCCGGGGAGUCCCUUCACCAAAAACAGGCUCAGGAGGUGAUCGAGAAGCUGCAGAGUCGAGGCCUGUUGAAAACAACUGAGAAGGGCACAGGAGUGGUGGAUCUUUCUAUUUCUGGAGACAUGAGUAAUGUAUGCACUGUACUUCGGAGUGAUGGAACUACUCUCUACAUCACUAGAGAUAUUGCUGCCGCUAUUGACCGAAAAGAUAGGUACAAGUUCACAGAGAUGAUUUAUGUGACUGAUAAAAGUCAAGCCAACCACUUCCAGCAGUUGUUCCAGAUUCUGUCGGCUUUGGGACACCCCUGGGCUGAAAGCUGUCGACAUGUCCCGUUCGGUCUGGUGAAGGGGAUGAAGACUCGGACUGGAGAGGUGGUCUUUUUGGAGGAUGUCCUGGAUGAGGCCCGCACCAGGAUGCUGCACAACAUGAACCAGUCAAAAACUACAAAAGAACUUGAAGAUCCAGAGGACACGGCUGAGAAAGUGGGGUUAAGUGCAUUAAUAGUCCAGGAUUUUAAAGGGCCUCUACAGUCAGAUUACAGCUUUGACUGGGACAGAAUCUUACAGGCUCAGGGGGACACUGGGGUCUUCCUCCAGUACACCCACGCACGGCUCUGCAGUUUACUCCAGAAGAAUAACGAGCUGGAGGCAGCUCAUUUUUACCCUUCCCUACUGGACGAGCCAUCUGCCAUCUCUGUAGUGCAGCACCUCCUUCGCUACGAUGAAGUGCUGUGCCAGUCAUCACAGGAUCUCCAACCCAAACACCUGGUCAACUUUUUAUUGAAGUUGUGCCACUUGACUGCUUCUGCGCACAGAGAGCUGCCCGUCAAAGGAAGUCCAGUAGAAGUAGCACAGGCACGAAGACUACUGUUCAAGGGUUCUUGUUCAGUGCUGGCCAAUGGGAUGAAGCUAUUAGGCAUUACACCAGUCCAAAAAAUGUAAAUAAAAAAAGUGAAAAUAUGUGUAAAUAAAACUUUUUUAUUACAAUUGUUUAACUU